AGGACGGGUCUCCGCACCUGGCCUCCUCCGGGGGAGCACGCAUGGUUGCGCCCGUCCGUCGUCCUCUUUCUGUCCACGUUCCCGGGGAGAUGGUGUCCCGGCAGCCGCUAUGGCCAUCAGCUCUAAUGGAGGCUGGAGGCGGGACCCGUGUCUUCCUGGCCUGGGAGUUAGAGGGAGGCCGCUUUCUUCCUUCUGGGGCGGGCGGGGUCUAGGAGAUCGAGAGGGCCCCUGAAGGGCCGGCCUGGCAAGACGAGGGCCGGAGCCGGCCGAAAGAGCCCAGCCCAGCCCAGAAAAGGAAAGUUAGUUCCGAGAAGAAAAUACCCUUCGGUGCUUCUAUCUUGAGGCUUUUGUUUCGAGCUUCCUCUUUCGUUUCCUGGGUUCCGGGGCUCUUUCCUGCCCUGAUGGUAGGGACCGAAACGGGCACAAAGAGCAAGUUUGAUGGAGCUGCCUUUGAUCUCCCAGGCUUGUGGCAAAGGCGGGCGCCGGCUUAUCUGUUUCUCCAAGUGGAGUCCGGCACCCGGAGUUAAAUAACUUUGGGACCCCCACCAAAGAGGCUCUAUUCUGCACGCUAGCCUAAUCUCCAUAUUCUAGGAAUACUAGAAUGGCCAGCAAGAAGGAACCUCCUUUCUUCAAUGAGGAUAAUGUUGGAUCAUGCCAUUGCAAACUUACUUUCUAUGAGACCAUGGAGCUCUUCAUUGAAACUCUUACAGGAACAUGCUUUGAACUGCGAGUGUCUCCUUUUGAAACAGUUAUUUCCGUGAAAGCUAAAAUCCAGAGAUUGGAAGGUAUCCCUGUAUCUCAGCAGCAUUUAAUCUGGAAUAAUGUGGAGCUGGAGGAUGACUAUUCUUUGAAUGAUUACCACAUUUCAGAAGGUUGUACUUUGAAGUUGAUCUUAGCAAUGCGUGGUGGACCAAUUAAUACAAAAAGAGUUCCUUUGGAAGACCCAAUUAAGGAAAUAGCAGAAUACAUGGGUCCCUGUCGAGAUGAUGUCUGGGAGAAGGUUCCAUCCAGUAAACAUGUUACAUUCUUGGUAUACCAGGAGGGAGACCAGUUGAAUUUCUUCCGGGUUGUAGACAGGGGAGAUGGAACUUUAACACCAUUGUCUGAAUCUUUAAGUGGUGGUUCUGUUUAUAAUUUGUAUGCUGAUGAUGAUGAAGAUACAGAAAUAUCUCCUUCCGGGCAACAGAUUAUUGAGAACUCCAUUACAAUGAAUAAAAUGAAGCUGCUCAAGGCAAAGAUGGAAAACAUGAAUCUUAAUAAAAAGCCUAAGAUGAAAGUGAACCCCCAUUCUCCAGUGGUUCUUCAUCCAUCCAGUGGCUCACUUACAGCUGCUCGUCAUAAUUUUCUACGAGCACUUCCUCAUAUUGGGCAGUCCUGUCUGCCUUCUGAAAAUUCACAUACCUCAGGAAUAUCUCAGAAUGCUUUUUCAGCCUUAGCAAAUACUGGUAAAAAAAAGUCAUCCAUCACUAGUGACUUUCUUAAUGAAAAUGACAAGUGGGAGAGUAUUUCACCAUCUCAGUCAAUUAACAGCAUGACAUUGCCUUCAAAAGUAUCAUGUGUGGAAAAGGAAGAGGCAAAACUAUCUGAAAACAAUGUAGUUCCUCAACUCGCAGCUCCACUGGUAAAUUUGGAAAAAAAUGCAGAAAAUGGUGCAUCAUCUGAUGAAAGAUGUCCUUUCUUAUAUCCAGAUCUCACAAAUGUAAAUCUGUAUACUACAGAAAAAAAUGUUCUACCAAACAAAGAGGCUUUUGCCUUGGUAUCAGAAGCAAAUUGCAGUGACUCAUACAGCAAAAUAUCUGGAAUAGAAGAAGGGAAUACUGAGCUUCAGUUAUCUCAGGAGCAUCAGAACAAAUCCAUCACAAAAACUCUGACUUUUACAACAGCAGAUAAUAGUAUUUUUAACUCUCAUGACUUAAGUCUUAAGAAAACACGUCUGUCACCUCUUCAUUGUUCAGCACAGAUGGUGCAUUACAGUCCUCAGAAAUCUCAGACUCGUUCCAAAUAUUUUGAAGAAACUAGCUUGAGGCCUACUGCUUCUCCAAACAUUCUACGGUCAUUGGAGGUGCACAGUUUAACAGAUUCCUCUUAUUCAAGAACUUCUAGAUUUCAUGGCAUUGGUUUAGAUUCGCCUAGCAAAAGAUCUGAUAUCCAUUCUAAAGUGGAGGCAAGGGAUAUCACAGAAGUAGCAAUUAAGGCUUCCAAAGACCCUAUUGUUUCUGUAAAUAAUAUAGGAUUGCUAAGUUCAUUGACCCGAAGCACAAAUAGAGAUGGCUUACAGAAUUCCUGUAGCACAAGCAGGUUUCGGACUUCUGGUAUUGCACUAACUACCAACUUUCAGCAUUUUCAAGAAGAAAGUUUUAGAAUGGCUUCUCCUCCCAAUGACACGCCUGGAUACUUUUUAUCUCCUGGAGUUGGAUUGAAUGGAAAUAUUGUGGCUUCAGGAAAAAGAAUGGGUGAGUAAUCAAUUUGGAAAAUCCAGCUCUUGCCAUUUGUAAUGCUUUCCUAUUUAAACAAACACAGAAAGGAGAAUUGUAUAAGACUUGUGUAAAUCAUACAUUUAUAAAACAUCAGAUAUCUGCAAGGGCAAGUACUUCUUCAGUUACCUGCUACUAUGCAUAAUGUGCAGAGACAUGGCUUUCAGCUGCCAUUCUUCAAUGUGGUCCCUGAGAAACGUUUCCCUAACUAACCAGUGUAAGACAGAAUACAGGUGGUCCUUGAGUUACGAUUGCAGUUGGGACCAGGAUUGCCAUUGCUCAAUGAUGUGGUCAUAAAGUGUGA